AUGCCAUCCACCACUUCCAACUCAAACUCCUUGCCCACACAAAAUGUUUCUAGUAUCCAUGGCAAUUCCACCUUCAAUCUACGCCCGGUACUCGUGGGCUUGUUAUUCACAGUAUUGGCCUAUCAAGAGCUCGUGCUCACAAAACAAUACAAUUGCGAACCCGUACUACCUAGAGUGCCGUACAAAUGGCCGUUAGCCCUAGACCUCCUUAAAGUUCAAUUCGACGCACUUUUCAGUGGCCACACCCUUGAAGCCCUAACCGAUUAUAUCACCAUUGCAGACACAAUCAGACUGGAGCUGUGGGGGGUAACUGGCUACAUUACCACAGAUCCCGAGAACAUCGAAACAAUACUCUCCACACGAUUCGAGGAUUACGGUUUGGGUAAUCGUCGUGUAGCUACGCUUCCGUUUCUUGGUGAAGGGAUAUUUUCACAAGACGGGGGUCCAUGGAAGCGCUCCCGUGAUCCAAUCCGACGUCAAUUCGCCCGAGUUCAGAAGCAAACCCUUCAAGUUUUCACCCCAUACAUCGAAGGUCUCACAUCGAAAUUAAACGAUGCAGCAGGCCAAGCAGAAGUCAUAGACCUUCAGCCGUUCUUCUUAGAAUUCACCCUCGACACUACGACCGAACUCCUUUUCGGCGAACCCCACAGCAGUCUACCAAAAGAAAGUCGAGAUGCUUUGCGUGAUAACUUCGACUACGCUACAUUGGGGGUUGGAAUACGGGUCAGGUUAGCUGACUUCGCUCCAUUAUAUAAUCCUACGAGGUUCAAGAAGGCCUAUAGGGUUGUUCGAAAAUGGGCGACAUUCUUCGCCGAUAGAGCAUUGAAGUAUAAGGACGAAGUUGGAGAGGAGAAGGCUUUUGAGAAGUAUUCUUUCAUUAUCGACCUAUGGAGAGAAAUGGGAGACGAAAAACUCGUCAGGGACCAAUUGCUUCAUAUCCUCAUGGCUGGCCGCGACUCGAUGGCUGCCUUAUUGAGCUGGACCUUUUUCCAUUUGGUUCGCAACCCAGAUAUUCUUGAAAGACUCCAACGAGAAAUCUCCGUCGUCCCACUUGACACACAGAUUACUCGAGAGCAAAUCCAAAGAUUGCCCUUCCUCCGAUGUUGCUUAAAUGAGACCCUGAGAUUAUAUCCGCAAUUAGCUCUCAACUUCCGAUUCGCCAAUAAGAAUACCGUACUUCCUCGUGGAGGAGGAUCGGAUGGUAAAUCGCCGGUCUUCAUUUCAAAAUACUCUGGCGUAGGAUGGUCUUCGUACCAUCUACACCGCCGUGAAUCCCUCUAUGGAGUUGGUUCGCGUCUCUACCAUCCACAAAGAUGGGAGGAUGGUGAAUUAAUGAGGAAGGUCAAACCAGGCGCAGGUUUUCUAGAUUUUCAUGGAGGAGCCAGAGUCUGCCUUGGGAGAGAUUUCGCACUAAUGGGGGCAAGUUACGCCAUGGUACGGCUCCUCCAAGCCUUCCCAAAAGUCCGACUGCCACCGGGAACCCCUAAUGAGCCUGUUGGUGCUGAAAAAUAG